UUAAGACUGUUAGAAAUUUGAGACUCCAAUCAUUUAUCAACCACUUCAGUCAACCAAAAAAGUAGAAUGGAGGCUGUCACUCGAUUACACUUCCGCCGUCGUGCCUAACGAAAAUACAGGAAGACCGCGACCUAGGUCAAAGGGAAGCGAGACGACAUGCCGAGCCAAGCUGUCCAGUGACGCGCGGGCCCUUUUCCAGGUCGUGCUCGGCGGCGGCUCAAAGGGCCUCGGGAGCUUAACAAAGAACGGCCGGAUCGCGUAACAAACAAUUAGCAGGCGACGCGCGCGUUUAGAAAGGAAAAGUGUUUGGCGCCCCUCCCCUUCGCCCUGACGGCCCCUCCCUCCCCGCCAGCGCGCGCUAACGGGAAAGAGCGUGCGCUGGCUGGCUCGGGGGGCGGCGGCGUGGGUGCCACUCCGAUGGUCCGGCGGACGCGCGCUCCAGCGUCUUCAGUCAGUCGGUGCUUCAGUGGCCCAGCCGCAGCAGCCCCGCCAAGUGCCCCACGGACCCCGACGAUACACCAGCCCGGCUCGCACGCCCUCUCGCCAGCAGAGGUCGGCCUGGACUCCAGAUGAGCGUGGUCGGGGCGUCGCUGCCGUGGUACUGCUUUUACCCGCGGGCCCCCCUACACCAGCCGCCGUCCAGCCCCCCUCCGGCGCCGGGGCGCCGCCAUGUUGUGGUGAGCAUGCGCGAGAAGGACUCGAGCCCGCGCAAAAUGAUCGGCCGCUACAGCUCACGCGCCGAUGGCGGUUCGCCCAAGCAGGCGGCUGUCUACCCCAUCGAGUCGGCGCGGCACCGCGUCGAGCCCGCCGACGUUGACGAGCCGUUUGACCUGUCGUCGCGGCAGGUGACGGCUUCGCCACCGGCGGCGCCGCCGCAGCAGGCCGGCGGUGACCACUCAAGAGACGAGCAGCCGCUUGACCUGCGCAUGGAACACAAGAAGACACGACGCGAUGAGAACCGCAACCUCGUGAUGCGCACCCCUUCCCCUCCCCAGCCACCGCCCCUGGCUGCGCUCUACCCCAUCGUGCUGGAAGCAAUGCAGCCACAUCGCUUCCGGCCCUACGCCGCUCCCUUCCUGCCACCACCACCUCAGCCGUGUCCCCAACCCAAGGUGCUGGACAACAAUAACAGCCCCUCAGCGGCCAACCACAAUGUGCCCCCUCCCCCUAACGGAGUGCCAGGCACCAAGCCUAGGGACCGCUACGCCUGCAAAUUUUGCGGAAAGGUUUUUCCUCGCUCCGCCAACCUGACGAGGCACUUGCGCACGCACACAGGUGAACAGCCGUACAAAUGCAAGUACUGCGAACGCUCGUUCAGCAUCUCGUCCAACCUGCAGCGCCACGUGCGCAACAUCCACAACAAGGAGAAGCCGUUCAAGUGUCCGCUUUGCGAGAGGUGUUUCGGCCAGCAGACUAAUUUGGACCGCCACCUCAAGAAGCACGACGCCGAUGGACCGACUAUCCUGGACCCAAGGGGUCCCUCGGGAAUGGUGGGAGCCCCGCGGGCACCCCACGACGCCUACUUUGACGAAAUUCGCUCGUUUAUGGGCAAGGUAGGCGCACGUCGGCGUCGCUUCUCGGACGCCUCCAGCGCCGCCUCCUCGCCCGCCUCCGCGUCACCUCCCCUACACGAGUGACGCUACGACCAGCGUACCUGAAGAGCGCCCCCCACCACCCUGAAUUGUGCCCCUCCACCUCGAGUUACCAGCUUGUUUCAUUGACUUCAUCCGUUUUCAUUCUCGUAUAGGCUUAAGGUUAUUUUUUGCGUUUCAUCGCCUUCAUCAUCUAAUUUAAUUUAAUUCAUCCUCAUUAACCAUCAUCAUCCCGCGCUGCGUCACCUAACUUAUUGUAUGUUGCAUCCAUCCGUUCAUACCCUACCACAACAAAGAAGACGACGAAACUGCCAACGCGCCCCUCUCCCCUCUCGAGACUCGGAAACUCCAAUCAUUCCAGCGAGCUGUGAUCAAUUUUCUCCAAAACCGAUCUGAAGUUAGUUUGGCAUUUGGUCUACACUGAUUUUUUACUUCUCAAAAUAAUUUAGGUGAAAUUUGAGUAAAAUGGAUAUUUCAUGAUCAUAGCCAAACGUUUCCAUCGGUUUUCGAGCGGCUGUCACUAUUUUUCACACAAAUUUUGAGCGACAAAACGUUUCAGCGCUGCCCCUUGUUCAAACUCUCUUUCGUUCAUAUGUAAUUUGUUCCUAGCAACGAGUGCAAUUUUAGUUCAACAAAUUUCGGAUCGGUUUCGUUGAAGGAACUGCCGCAUGCUUUGUUAAAGUAAAAUUAAAUUCUAGUUUUUAAUUGGCAAUGAACAAUCGGUUUGAAUUAGCAAAGGAAAAAAUGAAGCGUAUUUUAUGUAAUUUGAUUAUUAUUUUGACCUGCUAGUCACUUUGGAUCGUGCUGUAAAAUUUUUUAAAAAUAAAUUCCUCGCUCUCCUUAUGUUCUGUGAAAAUUAAGCAUAUAAAUGGUGUGUGUAAAUAUAAAUUGUUAGAGCUUUUGCUAUACCCCUCUUUCUUCCCCCUUAAUUUUUUUAAGCAUUUAAUUCUUCUUUUUGUGCUGCGUCGACUUUACGAAAAUUGCUCCAGCGUCGACCUACAACAGGUCGGCGCAUAAAUAGAAAGAUCUUUUGCGUACUUCGUUUCCAUCAAUGUAGACAGAUAAUUGUAUCAAAUAAAAAAGCAUGAAAAUGCCAAAAAUUAAAAUAAAAA